UUAGGGAUAGAGGCUUGUCGGGACAGCGAGGAGAGCUCACCCUUCGGAGAGGAGAGAGGCCUCGACAUCAGCACCAUCAUACUUUUUUUUUUUUUUCUCCAGAAGACAGGACGGGGGAGUGUGCCCACCGUGUUGCGGGUGUAUGUGCAUGCGUUUGCCUCCCGGUUUGGAUCACGAUGAUGCAAAGUGCGGCGGUCCUACCGACAGAGAGUCCCGUGAAGAGUUUACCGGAGAUUCUCGGAGUGCCACUGCAACAGAUUCCUCAGUGUGCCGGCUGUAGUCAACACAUCCUGGACAAGUUCAUCCUGAAGGUGCUGGACCGACACUGGCACUCCAAGUGCCUCAAGUGCGUCGACUGUCAGACUCCGCUGGCGGACAAAUGUUUCUCCCGAGCAGGGAGCGUCUACUGCAAGGAGGAUUUCUUCAAGCGUUUUGGAACAAAAUGUGCAUCAUGCCAACAGGGGAUCCCUCCGACGCAGGUUGUGCGAAAGGCACAGGACUUUGUGUAUCACCUGCACUGCUUCGCCUGCAUCAUGUGCAGCCGGCAGCUGGCCACCGGGGACGAGUUUUACCUCAUGGAGGAUGGGAGGCUGGUGUGCAAGGUGGAUUAUGAGACGGCGAAACAAAACGAUGAUUCAGAGGCGGGGACCAAGCGACCGAGGACCACCAUCACGGCCAAGCAGCUAGAGACCCUCAAAAGUGCCUACAAAAACUCGCCGAAGCCAGCACGCCACGUCAGAGAGCAGCUGUCCUCGGAGACGGGGCUGGACAUGAGAGUAGUGCAGGUGUGGUUCCAGAACCGGCGAGCAAAGGAAAAGCGGCUGAAGAAAGAUGCAGGUCGACAUCGCUGGACCCAGUUUUAUAAAAGUGUCAAACGUAGCCGAGGAGGAACUAAAGUGGAGAAGGAAAGCUCGGCUGACGACGCAGGACUCAGUGACAGCGAACUGAGCUUCAGAGACGACCAGGUCCUGUCGGAUCUCGGCCACACCAACGGGCUUUACGGGAGCGUCGGGGACAUGACCAACAGCGGGGUGCUGAACGGCGGCUUCUCUGUCGACGCAGCGGGGCAACCCUACCACGACAUCCGGGCAGGAAGCCCCUAUGGUCUCCCCCAGUCGCCCUCCUCCAUCACGUCUCUGCCCGGCCACACCCCUCUCCUCAACAACCUGGGCUUCAGCAUGGACAGUCUGGUGGUGCAGGGCGGGCCGGGUGGCGUGGGACAGGCUCUGAGGGCCAUGGCAGGGGGCCCGACCUCAGACCUGUCCACGGGAAGCAGUACAGGAUACCCCGACUUCCCCACCAGCCCCGCCUCAUGGCUGGACGAGAUGGACCAUUCCCAGUUUUGAGUCUCGAACGCGGCAGAAGAUCUCUGUGGGGAUACGGCAAAACAGACUUAUGAGGCUUUACAUUUCUUUCUAUCACCCUCCAAGACUGGUAUGUUUUGUGAUUUUGGGUGAAGAGGAGGAGAAAGAGAAGAAGUGUGACUUUCAGUCCCUCAGCAGUUGUAAAGGUGAGGCAACGAUGAAGCCCGACCAGACGCAGUGAAGAACACCUCCAAACCGCUUGAAUGUUCAAUCUCAACACUGUAUCAUAGAACUUUUGGUAUCACCUGACUUUAUUUUGUUCUUUCACUCUGAGAAUGAGACUGGAUUUCGUUGGAUUAAUGCUCACAGAGGAGCUAAUACUGUCCCCGAAAAUAAACCAUCCCUGUCUAUCAGCUACAACAAUAGGGCUUCAAUCUAGAUCAAAGUCCCUAUGAGACCCAAGAGGCACCUGCAUGCUUCUGACCCAUAAUAAGUAGGACUGCUGUCUGGCCAUAUCAAAGCCUUUUACAUUGGCAAUGCACUUUACUCUCCUCUUCUUUUUUUCUACACAUAUAGACAGGAAUGCAGAGAGAGGAAGAGAGAAAAAGAGGAGAGACAUAUGCACAAGGCAAAAAACACAGUGUUUCAUUGGGAGAGAAAUUUACAAGAACAGUGGCACAAGUGUGAAUUUUGAACCAUGCUGAUGUUUUUUAAUGUGUUGCUGAAGCUUUCAAGUUAUUAGCAAAGUAGAUGGCCGUUGGUCUGUCUGUCCGUUCGUCCGUCUGUCCGUAGAAACUGAUGUGUCCUCUGUUUGAAUGAGGGCGAACACUGUUUGCUACACAGCAGGUCUCUCUUCUAUAUUUAUAGUUGCUUGACUUGUUCUUGUCUGUGUAAAAGCUGCCCGAGAGGGGAAGUCUGUCAGUAUUAAAUGAUCUGUUUCCAGACUCACCAGGCAUCAAAGCUCACGUGUUGGAGGACAGUCAAGAAGUUUAGGGUUUGGAGAAAUUCAACUCUAACCACUUUAGUAAUAUAUCACACAUCUAAAUUAUUAAUUUAUUUUCUUUUAAAUGCACAGAUGUAAGACAAGCAGAUGUCCAUUUAUAAGACAGAUUUGCAGAUUCCUUUGCAGAUAUUAUUAUCAAUUUAAAUACCUUGAAUUGACAUUAAAAACACCAACAAGUAUUAGCAGGAAGACGGAUAAAAGUCCCUUUGUGUUGGCUCUUCUGUUUCCUCAGUCUGAUCCGGGCUUCUCUUGGUAAUCUACUCAGUCCAGCAGAGCUCUAGCUUUGCCUGCUAUCAACCUACUUACUGACCCCAGAUGUGUUGUCAAUCUGUUCUCCCUCUGCCUGGCCCCCAUGUCACAGGGAUUACCACAGAGCCCCCCACUAUCAGGGCUGAUACCCUACUGUCGAUUCAGCGCUGGACUGAUAUGUUUCUGUCAGUUCUGGUCACAUCAGCCACAUCUUAAAGCCUCCCACGACAACCGAGACAGAGGAGUGAUUCACUGGAAGUUUCUGAUUCUCUUGAAAUGCAAACUCUCUUCUACCAGUUUGAUUUGACCUGUUGAGCAUGUCAGAACCAGUAGCUAUUUCGAUCUUAAGGAUUGCUUAAAAACACAUCCUUACUCCUAUUUCUGUUUCGUCAAUGGAAGAAAAGAAAUCGAAUCUCAUACGUGUGGUCACCUUUUCGAGAGAAAUUGCCAAGUUCUUUUUUUUAACCAGAGCAUCCUAUUUAAGAGCCAGAAAGCAACUCAACAAACAGAAAGUGACACCACUAGGAAUAUCGGGUAACACUUUGGAUUACAGCCCGCAAGUUGCAGCAUAAUUAUCUAGUAAAUACAUGGUAUCAAUAAAAUACUUACUGUAUGGCUGUGCUGGGAUUGAAAUAUAAGUGAAG